AUGGCCUUCACCGAAGUUGACCAGUUGGCCGUCAAUACCAUCCGUGUUCUCGCGGUUGAUGGCACAGCCAAAGCUAACUCCGGUCACCCUGGAGCUCCUAUGGGUUUGGCUCCUACCGCCCACGUCCUCUUCCACAAGUUCAUGAACUUCAACCCUAAGAACCCUAAGUGGGCUAACCGGGAUCGAUUCGUUCUCUCAAACGGUCACGGAUGUAUGCUCCAAUAUGCUCUUCUCCACCUCUUCGGAUAUGAUCUCAGCAUCGACGACCUCAAGAACUUCCGUCAACUCGACAGCAAGACCCCUGGUCACCCUGAAGCCCACGACACCCCCGGUGUUGAGGUCACAACCGGCCCUCUCGGUCAGGGUUUCUCCAACGCUGUUGGUCUCGCCAUUGCCCAAGCUCACAGUGCCGCCGUCUUCAACAAGCCCGGUUAUACUCUCUUCGACAACUACACAUAUACCAUCUUCGGUGAUGGUUGUGCUAUGGAGGGUGUUGCUAGCGAAGCUGCCAGUACUGCCGGUCACUUGAAGCUCGGUAACCUCAUUGCUCUCUACGAUGACAACCAUAUUUCCAUUGACGGUGACACCAAGUGUGCUUUCACUGAAGAUGUCUUGAAGCGCUUCGAAGCCUACGGCUGGCACACCCUUGAGGUCAAGGAUGGUGACCACGAUCUUCAAGGAAUAGAGGAGGCCAUUCGCAAGGCUCAACAGGUCAAGGACAAGCCUUCCGUUAUCAAGAUUACCACCACCAUUGGUUUCGGUUCCAAGCUCCAGGGUACCGGUGGUGUCCACGGUAACCCCCUCAAGGCCGAUGACGCAGAGAAUGUCAAGAAGGCUUUCGGAUUCGACCCCUCUCAGAGCUUCGUCGUCCCCCAGCAAGUCUAUGACCUGUACGGAAAGACUGCUGCCGCAGGUGCUGCCAAGGAACAAGAAUGGAACAACCUCCUCCAGAAGUACGCAAGCGAAUACAAGUCUGAGCACGCCGAUUUGACCAGACGCCUCGCUGGAAAGCUUCCCGAGGGCUGGGAAAAGAACCUCCCCACCUACAAGUCCACCGAUGCUGCCAUUGCAUCUCGUAAAUUGUCCGAGACUGUCUUGGAGAAAAUUUACGCCGCUGUUCCUGAGCUCCUCUCUGGUUCCGCUGAUUUGACUUCAUCCAACAACACCCGCUGGAAGGCCGCCGUCGACUUCCAGCCCCCGGAGUACGGUAUUGGUGACUGGAGUGGUCGUUACCUCCGCUACGGUGUCCGUGAGCACGCUAUGGGUGCCAUCAUGAACGGUCUCGCAGCUUAUGGUACCGUCAUCCCUGCUGGUGGUACUUUCUUCAACUUCGUUUCCUACGCUGCCGGUGCCGUCCGUCUUUCGGCUCUGUCACAGGUCCGCGUCAUCUGGAUCGCCACUCACGACUCCAUUGGUCUUGGUGAGGAUGGUCCCACCCACCAGCCUAUUGAGACUCUUGCACACUUCCGUGCCCUGCCUAACCUCAUGGUCUGGCGUCCCGCUGAUGGCAACGAGACCAGCGCCGCCUACUACUCCGCCCUUACCUCCAAGCACACUCCUAGCAUCUUCGCUCUCACCCGUCAGAACCUUCCUCAACUCCAGAACUCGUCCAUUGAGAACGCUCUCAAGGGUGGUUACGUUGCUGUUGAUGCUCCUGAUGCCGCCGUUAUCAUUGUGUCCACUGGCUCUGAGGUCGGCAUUGCCAUUGAUGCUGCUCAGUACUUGAAGGACAAGCACGGCGUUUCUGCCCGUGUUGUAUCCAUUCCUUGCUUUGAAGUCUUUGACACUCAGUCCAAGGAGUAUCGUCUCUCUGUUCUUCCUGACGGUAUCCCCAUCCUGUCCGUCGAGGCUGCUUCUACUCUUGGUUGGGAGCGCUACUCUCACGAGCAGUUCGGUAUCAACCGCUUCGGUGCCUCUGGCCCAUACAAGAAGGUUUACGAGAAAUUCGAAAUCACUCCGGAGGGUAUCAGCAAGCGUGCCCUUGCCACCAUUGACUUUUACAAGGGUGUCAAGCCCCGCUCACCCAUUAACCGUGCUUUCCAACAACUUAUCUAA